AAGCAAAUAACAUUGUCAAAAUGAGAGUGGUAUUAAUUAUUUUAUUCCUGUUUAUAGGUGCAGCAGUUGCAGAAGACGCUGGUAUUGAUGCCAUUACUCCUGAAGAAGGCAAAGCCAAUAAUAUUAUUGAGGCGUAUGAGUCACCUAGAUUCCAAAAGUUUGUGAUACAUUGCAGCUCACAUGUUACUCAAACAUGCAGUGGAAAUGAUCCAUUAAAUAAUCAGGGGGCCAGUAGAAUGAAUAGUCCAUUUGGGCUGUCUUUUUGCCUUUUCGAUUCUAUGGAGAAGUGCUUGGCAGACCAUAAAGCCUCACUUAAAGAUCCCCAAGAUAACAACAACCUAGCUUCAAUGUCGUCUCUUCCUGGCUCAAUCCAAAAUCAGCAACUCCUCAUUGAGACUGUAAAAUUCAGAGCCGUCUUGAAAACCUGUUCCCAUGUCAGUGCACAAUAUUGUUUCACUAAUCCUAACGUUGCUAAAUCGGCUUUAGCGGAUUGUCUCAUGCAGUGGCGGAGCCAGAAAAAUGAUAAAGCCUGGGCAAAAAUUUAA